ACUCUGACCUUCAAUCUGUGAUGGAUCGCAACAACAAACGAUUUUUUGCCACAAUCGAUACCAAAAAAAUGAUCCCCAGGAGUAUCUCCUAGGUACAGCCGACAAUGACAGCAUUGUAAUUGUUCAUUGACGACGAGAAAGAAAACCGUUUGCGCCAUAGCAAGCACUGGUCUUUGCACUAUACCACCGUGCAUGUACCCAGACCCACAAAAUGCCGCGAGAAAUAAUCACACUGCAGGUGGGGCAAUGCGGAAAUCAGAUCGGCGGGGAAUUUUGGAAGCAGCUGUGCGCGGAGCACGGGAUCGCACCGGACGGAACGCCCAAGAACCCGUGGGACGACCCAUCGAACGUGAMCAACAUCGUUGGGAACUACCAUAACAACGCACRGGCGCAAGCACAAGCACAAACACAAACACAAGCACAUGCGCAGACCCCAGGACCGCCGCAGUUCUCGUCCGGUGCCAGCCGGGGCGGAACCUCGUCUGUUGCCUGGGGGAACCACAGGGGGGGCAGCCCCUUCCGGGCCGACGAUAGGAAGGACGUUUUCUUUUACCAGGGCGACGAAGAUCGGUACAUUCCCCGGGCGCUACUGAUGGACCUCGAACCCCGCGUCAUCAACAAGGUGGCCUACACCGGGGCCUACCGCCGGCUCUUCAAUCCAGAGAACUUGUUCGUGGCCGAGGACGGCGGCGGCGCCGGAAACAACUGGGCUUCCGGUUACCGGCAGGGGGCCGAACACAUCGAGACCAUUCUGGAUAUGAUCGAUCGGGAAAGCGACAACUCGGACUCUCUGGAGGGAUUUGUACUCACGCAUUCCAUCGCGGGAGGAACGGGGAGCGGAAUGGGGUCCUUUCUGCUGGAACGUCUGAACGACCAUUUUCCAAAAAAGCUGGUCCAGACCUACUCGGUCUUCCCGAGUUGGAAAGACCAGAGCGAUGUAGUGGUCGAGCCAUACAAUUCGUUGCUGACCAUGAAACGGCUCACGCUCAACGCCGAUGCCGUUGUGGUCCUAGACAAUUCGGCCCUGAACCGGAUAGCUGUCGAUCGACUGAGGAUCCAGAAUCCUUCCGUGGACCACAUCAACAGCUUGGUGGCUACCAUCAUGGCCGCCUCGACAACCACCUUGCGAUAUCCGGGAUACAUGAACAACGACUGGAUAGGACUGCUUGCCUCCCUGAUUCCGACCCCUAGGUACGCACCGUAUGCCAUGGCAGCUCGCUCCUUUGCGUGUCUUCGGGUUGUCAGUUGGAACAGAAUCUGGCAUCUCGACACCUUGUGCUGAACAAGAAUCGGGCCUCAAAAGGUUCCGACUUGGCGAGCAUUUCUCUUUCUGUAUCUAUCUCACACCAUAUCUCUCUCACACACGAACACACCGACCCAACAACAAAUCUAGGUGUCACUUUUUGAUGACGGGAUACACACCUCUUGUUUUGCCGGAGGCUUCAACAGGCUCUGCAGGGAGCCGCAACGUCCCCGGAGCGAUGGACUCCUCGUCUGUCGGCGAUUUGUCCGCCAACGACAACCGCAUGAAACAACAUGAACAGGGACAAAACACGGGGAUUCGAAAGACGACCGUUCUGGAUGUUAUGAGGCGUCUCACACAACCAAAAAACAUCAUGGUAUCCGCCAAUAUGAGAGGAAGAGGCAGCGGCUGCUAUAUUUCUAUCUUAAACAUUAUUCAGGGCAACGACAUCAACCCUACACAAAUCCACAAGGCUCUCCAGAGGAUACGGGAGAAACGGCACUAUGGCCACGCCCACGGCGAUAUUCCGUUCAUCCCAUGGGGACCCGCCAGCAUUCAGGUGGCAAUGGCUCGUAAAUCCCCCUAYCUACAGCACCGUCACAAGGUGAGUGGGUUUAUGCUCGCCAACCACACCUCCAUGGCGGAACUCUUCGAACGUUUGCUCAAGCAAUACGAUCGCAUCAAGUCCCGGAACGCUUUUCUAGACAAUUUCCGCAAGGAAGAAUGCUUUCAGGGAUCGAUGAUGGACGAGUUCGACCAUUCGAGGGAGGUUGUCCAAUCGCUAAUGGAUGAAUACCGCGCCUGCGAGAGACCGGAUUACGUCAAUUUUGGGAUGGGAAUUGGCACCGAUGGUAGCGCCGGAGAGCAACUGGAUUUUACCUCACCAAACAAACUGUAGCAAUAACUUGUCGAUGUGGGA